CUUUUUGUCUUCCAAGAGAAAGACAGACGAUAUUGCGAAAUCUUCAACAACUCUUCUCGUUGAUUGGCAUUCGUUUAACAACCCGGUUUGCCUUUUGCCAGCCACCAUCGAUGCCGGAUUCUCUCAUUUCCCGUCACUUAAGCUCCUCCAGUUUCUCCUACCUUUCACCGCAAAAUCACCUUAA